AUGGGAAAACAGAUGUUGGUGCUUGAUGAGGCAGAUCAAAUUCUCGAUCGUGGUUUCAGAACCCAGGUUGAUGCUAUCAUUUCUCAGAUUCCCAAAGUUAGACAAACUUUACUGUUUUCUGCUACACAAACUAAGUCCGUUAAAGACCUAGCAAGGGUUAGCCUAAGGGACCCUGAAUAUAUAAGUGUGCAUGAGGAAGCCAGAACAGCCACUCCAGAUACUCUUGAGCAGUAUGCCAUGAUUGUACCUCUUGACCAGAAGUUAAAUAUGCUCUGGAGCUUCAUUAAAAGACAUCUAAAUUCUAAGACGAUAGUCUUCUUAUCUAGUGUCAAGCAGGUCAAAUUUGUUUUUGAAAUUUUUAAGAAACUUCGUCCUGGUAUUCCUUUGAAAUGUUUGGAUGGAAAGAUGGAUUAUGUGGUACAGCAGGCCAUAGUUGCAGAUUUCAAUGAAUCUACUUCAGUUCUUUUCUCAACUGAUAUAACCUCUCGGGGACUGGAUAUAAAGAAUGUGGAUUGGGUGGUACAGGUUGAUUGCCCAGAAAACAUUCUAAUUACAUCCACAGAAUUGGCCCCAAAGACAGAACAACUGGAGCAGAUAUCUCAGAAUAUAGCCUCGGUGCUGGUUAAAUUUCCCAAUCUGGAGGAAUUGGGUAAAAGGGCUUUUAUUACGUAUCUUAGGUCAGUAUACCUCAAGGUGUUCGACCUGAGCAGGUUCUCUGCAGAGCAGUUCUCUGCAUAUGCUGCUUCGCUUGGUCUGCCUGUUACCCCAACGAUCAGCUUCAUAAGCCACAUGAAGAAUGUAUCGAAGAAGGAUAUGCAGGACAUUGAUACGAAACAGAUGAAAUCCAGUUCCAAACGUGAAGCUAUCAUCACUCCAAAGAUCAACAGUGAUUUGACUGUGUGUGAUGGAGAUGAUGAUAUCCUUUAUUCCAAGGAGCCCACGACAGAUGCUAAUAUGGACAACGGACUUGAUGAUGUCCUUCAUUCCAAGGAAGCUGCCACAGAUACAGAUGUGACCAGACUCGAAAGACCCUUCAAAAAGAAGAAACUGAAGAUAAAUGUGCACAGGCCAUCGGGAACAAGGGUCAAGUAUGAUGAUGAGGGCAACGUCAUCCCACCUCUCGCAUCUGUCGCUGAAGAAGUAGCUUUAGAACCUGUGGUUCACAAGGAUAAAAUUUCCCAGCGAUAUGCAGAGAUGCUGAGAGAAAUGCAGGAGCAUGACAAGGAGGACAAGCUUGAACACAAGAAGAGCUUGCGGGAGAAGAAGCUGCAGAAGAAGAUGAAACUUAAGCGCAAGAGGCAGGAAGAGACUGAAGCGGGGCCAGAGGAGGAUAGUGGCUCAGAAUCAGACAGAGGCCGGGACACAGCUAACAAGGGUAAAAAGAGGUACUUCAAUAGCCACGACGAAGACAAUGACACUGCAAAGGACAGCGACGUUCUCGCCCAGCAGGAGGCGUUGGCACUGAAGCUCCUGAGUAAAAUGCACAGUUAG